AUGAACGGUUGCGGAAACGGUCAUCAAGGAAACGGAGUGGCUAAUUUCUACACCCCUAAUGGCGGCCGACCACACGGGGACAGCGACGACGAGGAUUUCCAGCCGGCUGAAGUCACCAGGACCGGAUCUUCUAACGAGGAUUUCUUUGACGCAGCGGAGGACGGGCUAGAAGAGUAUCUCAGCAGCGACGAGGAUUUCCACAACGUUCCCAGCGUCACCAUCAACGGCAGCAGCCGAGCCGCUCCUGCUGCUACCGCCACUGCUACUCGCGGCCGGCGAACCUCGUACCGCGACCUCGUCGCGCGAAUCCAGGAAGAGUCACGAAGGCGAGCAGAAGCGGAGGAAGCUCUUUCCGCCUGCACGAAACGGCUGAACGGCGUGCAAGCCGCGGUCGCAGCCGCGCAGAAAGCGCUCGACGAAGCGGCUCUGGUUUCUCUUCCUCCGGCGGGAACUGGCGACGCUCAAGGGGGGAACGAUAGCAGGACCGCUGAUAUCAAUGAAGCUGGAAACGAGGAUGCCGGGUCGAGAUCUGCUGACGGAUCGCAAGACGGUCCGACAGAAGCAGAUGCGAGUGAGAGCAUCAGUGCAGAAACUGAUGUGGCUGGGAUUGUCAGUGUGGAUGCGGAUGCGACUGGGACCGUCGAUGUGGAAGCAGACGCGAGCGGGAGCGCCGAUGUGGAAGCUGCAUUGGCGAAAGCGGUUGCUGCGGCGAUGAAGCGAGGCGAGGAGCAUUUGGUUUCGGAUAAGGAGCAAGCGGAUCUGGUGGCGCGGAAAGAGGCGGAGGUGUCGCGGUUGCGAGAUAAGCUUCAGUACUGGGAGCGGAUGAACCAGGAGAUGGCUCAGAAAAAUAACGAAGCCAUUGAGCACAUGCGGGCGCACAGGCGGCGGUGGAACGUGAUCUGGAAGGCGCUGGGGGUGGGAGCGGCCGUCACGCUGAAUGAGGAACCAAGGGGGAGGAACUUUAGAGGGAAGUUGCCAGGAUGCGGGAUGCAUGCAUGA